AGACGCAACAGGCGGACCACAGGGUGCGCGUGCUGUAGUUCGGUUCAGUUCACAUAUAAAUACCAAAGAAGCACAGCAUUUGGACAGUGUCAUCACCAAGCGUUAUAAGUGAGACAUUUCUAGCGGAUAAAUUUUUACCAAUUGGAGAGGACAUAUUUCUACAGCUUUCUUCAAGUGUUUUUAAAUGACAUUUCCAUGCGUCACGCACUUAACGGAAAAUUAGACGCGAACAGUCAUCGUGAAACCCUCUGCGUCUUCCUAAUUAUAACACGAGCUCGCGGUCAGUAACUUUAUCUGGUGGGUCAAAGGCGCGCGCUAUGCGGACCCAGCCUCGCGCACCGACUGGCCUCUGACAACUUCCCUUCGUCCGUCCCCCGGAGUGACAGAAAAACGCACCGAAACUUAAGCUUUCCAACCCGCUAAGUAGCUCUGAUUGGCAACAGAGGUUGAGCAGCUCUACUUCUCAAACAACAGACUCCAUUGUUGUCUCCGGAGCUCUCCGGCUCUUGAUAAGGUUCCCUAGCAAUGCCUGUCCCUCCUCCUCCACCUCCCCCAGCUCCACCUCCUGCACCUCCUGCACAAUCACGGACAGACCCUCCUAAAAUCCAGCGUUCAGAGGGUGGAGGUCGCAGUGCGCUCCUUUCCGACAUUCAGAAGGGGACGAGGCUGAAAAAGGUCACACAGGUCAAUGACCGAAGCACACCAUUCCUUGACAAACCUAAAGUGAACAGUGUGGAUGGCAGUGGAAGAAAUGUGGCUGCUGGAAACUCUAUAAACACAGCAGGAUCUGCUCCAUCUGCAGUGGGUCCAACUCUGGGUGGGCUUUUUGCUGGGGGAUUUCCUGUACUCAAACCAGUCGGACAAAGAGACAAGCAGCCACAACACAACACGGUGUCUCGCUCCGGCUCCACCGCCAGCCUGAAGCAGCCUCUCUGGAACCCUCCAUCACAGGGAGAUGGGUUCAGAGGAAGCGCCCCUGAUCUUUCCCCCUCCCACAAACCUUUGGAAAGAGCCUCCUCACUGUCUAAAACUCGGCCUAUUUCCUCAUACACAGCCCCUCCCUCCCCAAGCCAAACUUCACAUCCAUGUUUCAAACUUUCAUCUACUCCACCUUCCUCUGCCCCUCCACCUCCUCCUCCUCCUCAGGAGCGGCCCAGUAACAGACCACCUCCUCUCCCCACCUGCCCGCCCCCGCCCCCUCCUCCUCAAACGGCCAAACCCACUUGGUUACCGGUCCAAUCACACUCCAUUCCCAUGCCUACGACUCCGCCUCCUCCACUGCCUCCCUCAGUUCCUGCGUAUUCACUUCCUGACAGAUCAUCUGGGGUCUUCUACCCUCCGCCCCCUCCACCUCCUCCAUCAGUCCCUCCAUCCUCUCUUCCUGAUAGGUCAUCUGGGGUCUUCUACCCUCCACCUCCUCCUCCACCAGCUCCGUCCUCAUUCUCUAACAGAUCAUCUGGAGUCUUCCCUCCACCCCCUUCUCCGGGGGCAUUAGAAAUGAAGGAUAGUCCUUUAGGGCCUCCUCCUCCACCACCUCCUCCUCUUCCUGCUUCGCUUGCAUGCAGUCACCCUUCCUCAGCACCGCCUCCGUUACCUCAGAAAGUACCUCCCAUGCCUUCACCCACAUACAGGCCCAGCGUACCACCUUUGCCACCAUCUUACCCCUGUACCGCCCCCAGUAGACGACCCCCUGCAGUGCCACGUUUUGCAGGUGCUCCACGGAUGGCUCCACCCCCUGCUCCCCCUGCUCGGUCUCCUAACACUGAACUCUCCAGUAGGUUCCCACCCCCUCCUCCUCUCCCACUGUCAGCUCCGCCCAGCACAGUACGCAACGGACACCUGCACAGCUUAGAUGACUUCGAAUCUAAGUUUCAUUUUCAUCCUAUUGAGGACUUCCCCCCUCCUGAAGAGUUCAGGCCCUUCCCACGUACUUACCCCAGCAAGGAGAACAGAGUCAACCCACAACCUCCUGCCAUGAGGACUCAUUUAAGAUGAAGUUUGGUGCUAACCUUCUGCAGGACAUAUUUUAAGCCUCAAUCUCACCGUCAGUGAAGAACAGCAGCCAAAUCUGAAGGUCAAAUCAUCACAACUGCAUUAUCUGUAAAAACAUUUAAAGUUUGAUGUAAAACUAAUAUAAUAUAUAUUGUCAUCCACAUUUCAAGAGAUUCCCUAUUACAGCUGCAGCCAUGUUAAAACCCCUGAUUCUUUUCAAAAGUGUUUACCUAUCUAAUUAAUUUCCUUCAGUCAAUAAUAAUAAGUGUUUUAACAUUUAAUAUGUUUAUUAUGCCUUAUAAUUUUGCUUAUCAUACCUAGCAUUUAUUAAUUAUCCUAACAGGAUAAUAACAACUAACAGAAAAAAAAAUG